GGUCAUCGACCCGCUGAGCUGGCCGAUCGGGAACUCGGCGAGGUAAGGCGAGCAACACAAGAUGACGGUGGACAAAUGGCUAACUGUAUGCAGCUUGGCUUUCCUGUCCUUCGGCCUUCCAUCGGGCGCUUGGGACGCGGACCUCGAGCUUCUCGACCUCGUUGAGGAAAUUCCGGACACUUUUUACCGCUUCCUGUCGCUGGAGCAGGAUGCGUCGGCAUCAGAAGUCAAAAAGGCAUAUCGCCGUCUGUCGCUCGUUUUGCACCCUGACAAGAACAAAGAUGAAAAUGCCGAGGAGCAAUUCCGACAGCUGGUGGCCAUUUAUGAAGUCCUGAAGGACGACGAGAGACGACGCAGGUACGACGACAUCCUGAUAAACGGACUCCCCGACUGGCGGCAGCCCGUCUUCUACUACCGCCGCGUGAGGAAGAUGAGCAACAGCGAGCUGGCCUUCCUGCUAUUUGUCAUUGUCACCGUCGGACACUAUGCCGUCAUCUGGUCCGUUUAUCUGGAGAAGCUGCUGGAUGAAAUGCUGGCCAAAAAGAAGAGAGAGAAGAAAAAGAAGGUCAACACUAAAGAAGAAGUCAAAUACGGCGCAACCGACAGGUCUGAGGAGCGCCCCCACUGGCAGGACCUUCUUCCUUUGAAAGUCAGCAUGUGGCUUUACUUGUCAAUCAAACACAUGCCCCAAACCCUGCAGGAGGUGCAGCAGUACUAUGAAGACUACAAGCAGAUGAAGCAGCAGAGAGAAGAAGAGGAGCAAGAAAAAGCUCAACAGGAAGUUGCAGGCAGAGAAAAGAGGCCAAAGGUGAAGAAGCCCAAAAUGGACUUUCCCGUUUACCAGCCGUCGGCAGAGCAGCCAAACUUGCAAGGUUACCAGCAGACAGGAUCCAUCCAGGAAGUGGAAGACCAGUUGGACCAAUGGCUCCAGGAUCAGAGGCCCGCCAGGAAGAAGGCGUGCGAGUGGAGCGAGGAUGACAUCAGCCUCCUCAGCAGACUGAUGGGGAAAUUCCCGGGAGGAACGCCCGGUCGCUGGGAGAAGAUCGCCCACGAGUUGGGGAGAUCCGUGACAGAUGUGACCACCAAAGUCAAACAAGCCAAAGACCUUAGCCACCUAAGCACAGGUCUGGUGAAGCUGUCAGAGUUGAAGGGGCCGUCUCUUCCUGCGAGGUUGCUUCCUGUUUGUGACGCCAUUACGACGUGUGGAACCGGCGAGGAACGGCAUCAGGACCAACACGUGGCGGCGGUUAAGCGGAGGAGCAGGAAGUGCGCAAUGGCAACUGGCGAAGGGGAGGGGGGGCGCCUCAGGUCUCGGCGGCAGGAAGACUUCGACCUUGACCAGGUGGACGAAGAGAAGGAAGCGGCAGAGGCGGCAGCACCGCAGCAGAACAAGGACACGGCCGAGGCGGCAGCAGCGUGGACUCAGAACCAGCAGAAGCUUCUGGAACUGGCCCUGCAGCAGUUCCCCAGAGGAAGCGUUGAGCGCUGGGAUCGCAUCGCCAAAGUGGUUCCCGGGAAAAGCAAGGAGGACUGCAUGAUUCGUUACAAGAUGUUGGCAGAGCUGGUCCAAAAAAGGAAACAAGCCAAGAGCUGAUGAAAGCAGAGUGAGUGAGAGAGACAGAGAGAGUGUGUAUGAGAGCGAGAGAGAAAGUGUGUGCGUGCCCGCGUGCGUGCCCGACCUCCAACCCCAGGAACACGCUCGCAAGUGUUCCUUUUUUCUUUCAACGGGUUGGACCAGACCUCAUUGCUUCAUGUGCCUUAGCCCCUCCCAGCAUGAUUCCUGUCAAUCCCGUUUUUGACUGCUAAAUAAAAAUAUUUAUUAUCAAA